GCUCCGUAGCGUGAAGGAGACGCCUCAGCACUCGCAGGAGGAGGUCGGAGCCUUCACCAAACUCAUAGAGGCCAUGGGCUUCACCGCGCCGCUCAAAUAUAACAAAUGGAAAAUCAAGAUUGCUGCGCUGCGGAUGUACACAUGUUGUGUGGAGAGAAUAAACUAUGACGAGUUCUUUGAUAAAUGCUCGCUACCCGACACCCUGAACUCCUGGUUCCUGGUGGCUCAGCUGCACGUUUGGAUGUGCUUGGUGCGGAUGCGUCAGGAGGGCAGAGAGGGGAAGUUCAUGUGCCGUUACAUCGUCCACUCCAUGUGGGAGGACGUGGAGCAGAGGAGCAAAAUAAUGGGGAUUGAUGCCAUCCACAGGAAGGAGGCCAUGAAAGCCAUGACUGAAACCUUCUACGCCGCCAUAUUUGGAUACGAUGAGGGAAUCCUGUCUGAUGACUGCGUCCUGGCUGCAGCUCUGUGGAGGAACCUGUUCAAUCGGCAGUGUGAAGACCCCCAGCAGCUGGAGCUCAUGGUGGAAUACGUUCGCAAACAGAUGCAGUUUAUUGAUGCUUUGGACGGGGAGGAUCUUCUGCUCACCGGAGAGGUGAAAUGGCGUCCUCUGCUGGAGGAGAACGCUCAGAGCAUCCUGAAGGUGGUCAGUCCCACCUACAACGAUGCAGGGCUGUGAGACAAAGACCUCAUCUCUCUGUUACCAUAAAGCACCUCCUGCUUCUUCUCAGCUCACACUUUAAACUUCACCUCAGUUGCUGUAGCUUCUCCUUUUUUGCUCCCUUUUUCCUCGAAGCACUUUUCCUCCACCUUUUUAAUGAUGAAGGUUCAGAUGGAUGCAGAGAUGAUCAGGGAUUAUGAUUCAGACACAUGGAGGACUCCUCGUGUGUCUACGAUCCUGUCAGGUCUGAGAGCAGCUUCUGUAUGCAAACACACCUCUUGUUUAUAUUUCCACUGAACGCCUCUCUGUAUUUAUAAAGUAUUUUUGAAUAACUGUUUGUUUCCUCUGUGCUCCUUCACUGUGUUUAAACAACCUGAACCUCUGAGGCUUCUUUCCUCUGUGCUCUCAGACCUGAACAGGAGGCAAAACACAAAGACUCAAAUGUCACUGAUGGUUUUUAAAAGAAGGUUAAUAAAGUUUUCUGUUCAAACUCGUUCAGCUG